UGUGUCAUUGUUAUUUUGUAAAUUUAUUUGCCUGGUUUUCUUCAAUACCCUUCCAAUAAAAUGAAAUAAGAGAUACGCGAAGAUCUAUAAUUAGUACAACUAACCGGUUACACGAUUGUUAGCAAACCGAAGAGGAGUCUGCGGAAGUCGAGCCCGAGAAACAGUAUCUGCCGACCCUUCCGACAAAAAUCAAAAGCAUGCGAGGCACAAGUUUCAGUGUCGUGAGCGAGGAAUCCCCGGAUCUCAUCGAGUUAGACUUCCCCGGCUGAUCGUGAGUCGAAACAAUCGUAUCAAAGCACGUAGAAUGUUCGUUUUUCCGCAGAUCGCUGGGAAACGCUCUCGAGAUUACCGAUUACAAGACAAACAUGGCCGCCUUCUGGUUCUUAGACACGCUGGCACUCCAUGUUCUGCGACAGAAACAGAAACUCGAUGACUAUUAUCUGAGUGUCCUGAUCAGCUGGCUGGCUGGGGAAAUGACAUUGAUUCGAGAUCGGAAGCUGUCUCGCGAAGAAUUCUUGGAAGAGAUGAAGAAUAUUUUUAAGACUGUCGCUAUCAGGGUGUCUGAGGAAAAUCGAGUUCCGUAUUGGGAUGAAAUCGUGUGUGACAAUGAUACAGAAGCCACGGAACAUUCGGUAGACAACCUUUUGCCCGCCCAAAUGGAGUCCAACCAGCAAGUAUCAACGAAAAAUCUGCAGAAAAAGCAACCCAAAGAGUACGAAGAUGCUUCUUUAUCGAUGUCGGAAGAAACCAACAAAUCCUCCAGCAACGUAGACCCAGUUGUCGCGUUGGAUAUCGUGAUCGAAUCUACCUACAACAUGUAUGCCAACGAAUUUCGGUACAGCCUCGUUUACGCGGUUUACGUGGAGCCGAUAGAGAUGGAAACCCGUCAGCUGCCGUUUUCUCUCGAAAAACCGCGAUCAGUGAAGCUGGUCGAUCCUAAUUCGAUGCCUUUUAACGUGCAACUUAAAAAACUGUUCGCCACGAUGAAACAGACGAGGAAGAAAGCUACAGUUGCAGGUAGAGGAAGGAAGAAAGGGUCGAAAGUACCGGAAACGCCUCCGCCUUCCCUGACGGAGGAAGAGGAACUAAUUCGCAAACGUCGAUUUAUUUUGCCGUUGAUCGAAGCAGAGAAUGCGCUGGAGGUAAUAGAAAAGCACAAGGACGAGGCGUAA